AUGUCUAGUAGUUCCGAACGCACCGUAACAACCAUCUCCUCCCCGAACAAUUCCACCUCCCUAACGAGCACGCACCAUUUUGUGUCGCUCAAACUCACACACAGGAACUACUUAUAUUGGCGUACGCAGGUGAUCCCGUUUCUUCGGGGUCAAGGAUUAUUGGGAUUCAUUGAUGGCACGCGGUCACAGCCUUCGCCGUUUUUGGAGAUCCCCGCCGGCGACACGCCAAGUGGUGGUGUCUCAACCACGGAGAAUCCGGCCUACGCUACAUGGGUGCAACAGGAUGCGUCCAUUCUUUCCCUGCUGAUCUCCUCCCUGUCUAAGGAGGUGAUGUACCUCGCGCUCGGGCAAACCACCGCACGUGGUGUAUGGACAGCCGCAGAGACAGCAUUAGGGUCUUCCACGCAGGUCCGCUACCUGAAUCUGCUCGGGCAGAUCCAGUCUCUCCGUCAAAGCGAUAGCUCCACCUCCGAAUACUUAGGGAGGGCGCAGCACCUUGUUCAGGACCUUGCACUGGCCGGGAGAUUGCUCACGCCAUCGGAGCAGAACCUUUAUGUGUUUCGGGGGCUGCGGCCUGAGUUCCGCGCUAUGGCCUCCGCAUUAGCGAUCAACGGCACGCCGGUGUCGAUUCCACAGCUGGCGGAUUAUCUUCAAGCACAGCAGUUCAUCCACGAGGAUGACUUCCCGACGUAUUCCCCAGCAGCAUCGGCCGGGAAUCCCUCCGCAAUGUACGCGGGACGCGGCCGUCGUCAACAAGGAGAGGGCGGCCGGCAGUCGCGUGGUGGCGGUGGGCGCAGCAACCAGCGCGGCGGCAGAAGCGGCCGCGGCCGGAAUGGUGGCGGGUUGCGCUGCCAAAUAUGCAGUAAGCAGGGGCACUCCGCUGCUUUUUGUUACCGGAGAUACUCCGAACCGCCGCCCACGGCGCACAUGGCCGUAGCAAGAGGCGGAUCGCCGUCAACAGCCUCUUCCGCGGUGACGACCUGGCUGCCGGACACAGGAGCAUCAAUGCAUGCCACGCCGGACUCCAGUGUCCUCACGCAAUCCGAGGAGUACCAUGGUGACGAUGUUUUGCGAGUGGGCGAUGGCACAGGUUUGGCCAUCUCGCGUGACUGCAUCACUAAGGCGGUUUUGCUUAAAGGGCCAAGCUCUGGGGGCUUGUACUCGUUGUCUAUUCCCAGUGCUCAUUAUGCGUUCGUGUCGGCUCGUGCCACGUCCCUGUUCCCAAAUUAUGUUCCCCGUGUCAACUUGGCAAGUCUGCCCGAUUUCCUUUAG